AUCUAUAAAAAUUUGAUAAAUGUAUUAUAAAAUAAUUUAUAUAUUAUUUUCUUUGUUUAAAAAAAAUUUUUUUUUAGCUAAACGGAAAAAGAUAUCGAGAUCUUACCAACGGCACAACAUGGCACAAAUUUAUACUAAUUUACCAAAAAAAGAAAUUCGAUCGCGAGAAAGUGUGGAGCUAAUAAAAAUUUCUUUUUCAAAAUUUUUAUAUGAUACAUUUAUUAAUGAUUUAUAUGAUUUUAAUUAUUAAUUUCGCGUUUACGGCAUAAAUCGGAACAAAUGUAGCACAAUUAAAAAAAAUUGAAAUUUGAAAAGUACGGGGCUAAGAGACUUCACACAAGUCUCGAGCAAUCUUCGCGAGAAUAAUAUUACGACGCGCGACAAGUCAACACCACCUAUAGACAAGGCCUCUCCACUGAAAUCAUGACGUCAUCACUAGUAGACUAUUUAUCUUUCAGUUUUCUAACGUAACCUUGUGUUUCAUGCGACAUUAACGUGAAUUUUUUAAUAGUGUAGUGUGUUUUGAUAAGAAUUUUUUGUUGUGAUAGUUGAUGAAUGCCUGUAUUAUUGAGAAAUAAUUUGAGCAGAAUUUUAUAAGAGUAGAUUUCUGUGUGCAAAAUGGCAAUAUUGACCAACUGCAUCUAUUUGGAUAUACUUUUGAUAUUCUCAUCGCUUUUGGCAACGCUUUACCUGUGGAUGAAGUGGAAGCAUUCCUACUGGCAGAGACGCGGGAUACGUUCGUUGCCCACACAUUGGUUCUUCGGCCACUUCAAAGACGCGAUCCUGAUGCGCAAACCGCCAGGAGUGAUUCUCGGUGAACUGUAUCAGCAAGGGAACGACGAGGAUGAUGUCCUGGGAAUUUACAUUCUAUUCAAGCCAUUUUUGCUCGUGAGGAAUUCGGAACUGAUAAAGCAAAUAAUGAUCAAAGAUUUUAAUGUGUUUCCGAAUCAUCAUUUUGUUGCAAGAAGCAACGCUGACAAAAUGAGCGGCUACAAUCUUUUCGGCAUAGGCAAUCCUGAAUGGAAAUAUUUAAGAACAAAAAUGUCACCGGUGUUCACGAGCGGCAAAUUGAAAAGUCUAUUCUUGUUGAUGGUGGAAUCCGGAGAACUAAUGGGUGCGCAUCUACGUAGUCAAAUCUCCAAUGAUUCCAAGUUCAAAUCAAUUUCCAUCAAGGACGUAUUCUAUAAAUACACUACAAAUAUAGUGGCCUCCUUGGCGUUUGGGAUACAAACAAAUUGUUUUGAUACACCUAACCCGGAAUUUUAUGUUAAGUCACGUGAGGCCUUUAACUUGACGUUUGUGAGAGCUAUAAAAUUCUUCUUCCUAUUCUUCUUGCCGAAUAUCGGAAAACAUUUACGCAACAAGAUGCUUGGUGACAGCACGGAGUACUUCCGCAAGGUCUUUUGGGAAUCUAUGGAUAAUAGAACCAUCACGAAGAUGAAACGGGGAGACUUAAUCGAUUCCCUUCUGCAAUUAAAAAACGAGCAGCCAGAUAGUAUUAAUUUUCACAUGAUGCAAAAACAAGAAUUUGAGAAAUUUAAUAGAAAUUCUAAUAACAAAGAUUCCGUUUGGUUUUACUUUUUACGUGGCAAAACGAACAAAAAUGAAUGCAAGUGUACGACAUGUGACAAAAUAAUCCAUUGCGCGGGAGGAAGCACUAGUGGUAUGCACACGCAUCUGAAGGCAAUUUAUAAUAAAAGUUUGCUAAAAAGAAGUACAACAUUAUUAAAUGAGAGUGCGGCUUCGACAUCGUCAUGCAGUUCUUACACAUUAUCCAAAAAAUCAAAUAUUUCUAGCAAAAAUAGAUUAAUUACUCACUAUUUUCCUAACGAAACAGACAAUUCUUUACCUGCAGUGUUGGCACGUUUAACUAGUCGAGAUGGAUUGUCCUUUCGAACAAUAUGUACAUCUUUAGAUAUAAGAUUAGGAUUAACAUCUAGAGGAUUUUCUGAUAUUCCUAAAUCGGUAAGCGGUGUUUCGAAUACUAUUAAAAAUUAUGGCAAUAAAGUUAGAGAACAGCUUAAAAUAGAAAUUAAGAAAUUAAAACUAGAUGGUCAAAAAUUUAGUUUGACUUUCGAUGAAUGGACAUCGAUUAAAAAUAGAAGAUAUUUAAACUUGAAUGUGCAUGCAACAGAUAAAAUGUUUUGGAAUCUUGGUUUAUGUCGUGUGAAUGGGACGAUGCCAGCUGAAAAGUGCGUUGAUAUUGUUGAUGCUAAAUUGAAAAUAUAUAAUAUAUCUUUGGAUUAUGAUAUCAUUGCCAUUACAACGGAUGGCGCAUCCGUAAUGAAGAAAGUGGGAAAAAUAAUUAAUGCUGAUCAACAAAUUUGCUUGGCACAUAGUAUUCAACUAGCUAUAUUAGAAGUAUUAUAUAAUAGGCAAAUAGAACAGAGAUAUUUUGACGAAAUAGAUAAAGAGAGUGAAGUGUCAGACUCAAAAGUCAUUGAUAAAAAUAAAGUUGAUUCUGAAAACGAUGAAGUUGAUUCUGAUGAAGAUUUAGGUUUACAAAUUCAUAAUGAAGAACAAAAAAUUAAUGAUGAGAUACAUUUAAAUGAGAUUAUAGGGCCAUUAAUUGCAAAAAUUAGGAAAGUAGUAAGAAUAUUCCGACAAUCUCCGACUAGAAAUGACGAUUUUCUACAAAAGCAUGUCAAAGCUGAACUAGGCAAAGAAUUAAAGCUAAUUUUAGAUUGUAAAACUAGAUGGAAUAGUCUUCUACUCAUGUUAGAGCGGUUUUAUCAAUUAAAAAGUUGCGUACAAAAAGCUUUAAUUGAUGCUAAAAUUGAAAUCUUUUUUAUAAAAGAAGAAUUAGACAUGGUUUCUUCUAUUAUAGCGACUUUGGCCCCUGUCAAACUUGCUGUCGAAACAUUGUGUUCUCGAGAAACUGAUUUGUAUCAAGCAGAUAUCAUGUUGGAGUUUAUGCUUGAUGAGUUAUCUAAGCAAGAAAGUUUUCUUAGCAAAAAACUUAAAACAGCUUUAUUAAAUCGGAUAUCAGAACGACGUUAUAAGUAUGCAGAUUUGUUUAACUUUCUGCAAGAACCUAACAUACAAGAAAAAGAACAUGAAAAUUACGGCAUCUUUAAUCAGACAUCUAAAUCAAGUUUUAUAACUCAAAUUAUUAGUCUAAUUAAAAGAUUAUAUUUUAAUGUUGCUACAAAAGCUAUUGAAAGUGAAAACAUAGAUAGCGAGGAAGCAGAUGACGUCAACAUUGAAAUAUCUGAUGACAGUACAAAUUCACAAUUGACUCUAAAAGAAAAACUUAAACAAAGGGUACUAGAAAGAACAAAACAAGUUACAAAAAUUAAGAAUAAAUCAAAAAACGAAAUUAGAAAAAUAAUCAGAGCCGAAAUGAAUUAUUAUAACGAAGAAGGUAUAAAGGGCAAAUAUUUAAGUUGUGUUUGUAAUUAUUUAAAAACUGUAAGACCAACUAGUGUGGAGGCAGAAAGAGCUUUCUCUGCCUCUGCAUUGUUAUUAACAAAAGUUCGUUCAAGUCUUUCUGAUGAAAGCAUUGAUAAUUUAACCUUUUUAAGGUCUUAUUUUAUAAAAAAAAAUGAGUAAUAAUUUUUGUUUUCUGCUA